CGCACAGACGCGUCACUUGCAUGUAGUGGUUUUCGUUUCCGGUUCAAAGGUGUCCAACGUGGUGUCUGCUGUAAUUCAACGUGUGGACAUAGGAAUUAAUAGUUGGGAAAAGUGAAGGAAAUACUAAAGAAAGGGACGAUAAAAAUUAGCGACAAUGGGGGAAUUUAAAGUGCACCGGGUUCGAUUUUUCGACUACAUGCCAGCUGCCAUCAGAGCUAUGGCAUUCAAUGCCCACACAGAGAGAUUGGCCCUGGGACGAAUGGAUGGGAGUGUGGAGAUUUUCAACUUCGCAGACCACUAUUUCCAGGAAAAGGUUAUUCCAGGGAAGGACUCCCGGUCAAUCGAGGCCCUGUGUUGGGUUGGAGGACGCCUGUUCAGUGCUGGCCUAAAUGGAGAGGUCACAGAAUAUGAUCUGGAAAACCUGAGACCCAAGUACUCCCUGGAGGCAUAUGGGGGCCCCAUUUGGACCAUCACCAGCAAUUCUCAGGGGGCACACUUAGCAAUCGGAUGUGAAGAUGGGACAGUGAAAUUGUUUGAGGUACUUGAAGAGAGCAUUCAGUUUGAGCGCAAUCUGGACAGACAGAAAGGUCGCAUCUUAUCCAUCUCCUGGCACCCCUCUGGCGCACAGAUUGCUGCUGGCAUGAUGGACAUGAUCCGUGUCUUUGAUGUCCCGACAGCGUUUGUUGUUUCAGGUCGUGCUGUACAGAGGCUCCUGGUGGACCGGGGCUUUGGAGGCUCUAAGAGUCGGGAGACUGUAGUCUGGAGUGUAGUCUUCCUGUCAGACUUUACUAUCAUCAGCGGUGACUCUGCUGGGAAGGUCCAAGUCUGGGACGGACACACCGGCACGCUCGUCAAAACACACCUGGUGACCAAGUGGGAUGUGCUGGCACUGUCUGUCUCCAAGGAUGAGAGCAGUGUGGUGGCAGGGACGUCAGAGGGUACUGUGAUCCAGUUCCAGUUCAUUGCUCCUAUUCUGCAGCAGCAGGACAUGGAGUGGGUCAGAACCAGGACCUUCAAGAACCACACGCAUGAUGUCAGAGCCCUGGCUGAGAUCGAGACCGCCAUCGUCUCUGGAGGUAUGGAUACCCAGCUUGUAGUGAGACCCCUCUUGGAGAAGUUUGAAGAGAGGUCACAUGCUUCGGCACUUCGCAAGAUCCACUUUCCCCAUCGGAAUCUAGUAUUUUGUGCAAAGAAGGCAGGGCUACUGCUCUUCCAGUUCCCUGGCCAGCUGGAGCUGUGGAGACUGGGAGAGAGUGAUGGACAUGGCAAGCCAGGAGACAGCUUGCCUCUGAAGAAGAAACCUGAGAAACUCCUCCAUCUCAAGAGAAAGGGUGAGGAUCAUAUCUGCUGCAGUGCUCUGUCCUCCUGUGGAGGAUGGCUAGCAUACUCCACCAUGUCCAGUGUACGUCUCUACAGGCUGCAGACGGACAAUAACGACAUCAGUAUAACCAAGGUACCCAAGCUUCCAAAGGUCCUGCGCUCUGCUCACCAGCUGUGUUUCUCUUCAGACUCCUCCAAACUGUUUGCUGCUUCCAGCCAAUCAUCAGUCCUCGUUAUUGCCCUUAGCCAAUCUGAGUGCAAGUAUGUGCACACCCUCAAGCCUAAGUCAGGGUCCAGACAGCCCAUUCACUUAAUGACUAACAGUGUGGAUGGGAAGUGGCUGGCGACAGCAAAUAGUGACUGUGAGAUCCACGUCUACAAUGUACAGAAACUAAAGCUCCACUGUAUAGUACCUGUGUAUGGUUCCUGUCCCAGUGCCAUGGGGAUCCACCCCACCACCAACAACCUGACCAUGGUGCACGCUGACCAACAGAUAUUUGAGUACUCCAUAGUGGAGAAGCAGUACACAGACUGGAGCCGAAAGCUUCAGAAGCAGGGGCUCCACAACUUGUGGUUGGACCGGGACACACCCGUCACCCACGUGACCUUCAACCCUAAAAAUCCUGAACAGAUCCUCUUGCACGACAUGCACAUGUUCUGCAUCAUCGACCAAAGUCUGCCCCUCCCUGACCAGAAGACCCAGUUCUACAAUCAGAUGACCCUCAGAAGCCUCUCAGAGCAGGAGAGGCCCAGUCACCUCCAUGCUUUCAAAAUAUGUAAAACCUUCCAGGACUUGCUUUCUGUGAGUCUGCUGGAUGACCAGUCUCUGGUGAUGGUGGAGCGCCCCCUCCUGGCCAUCACAUCCCAGCUACCUGCUCCCGUCAGACAGAAAAAGUUUGCUACAUAAACAAUAGGGAGAGGUGUGUUUUUUGUUUGUCUGUGGCUGCCCUUCGAUUCUUUAUCCUUCUCCCCGAAGUGGGUACACAUCCAUUGCAUUUUAAAAGAUUGCGACUGCUGUGACCAGUUGCACAUUUCAGGAGCAGGGAAGGGAAUCGGAGCACAGCCUGUCUCUCUACACCCCUGACCCAUGAUUUGUAAAGACUGUUUUAUACAGUAAUAAAUAAAAUAUUUACUGUAAUGUA